GGCGGCGGCAUGGGGGCAGGCGCUGGCGUCGCGCGAGCCCGGGCCGGAGCGGCGCGCUAGAGCCCUGACGUGCGCCCUUUUCUUUCUUCUCGCGGCCGCGGAAAGCAUGAGCGUGCAGACCCGCCGCUGCGGCGGCCGCCCCGGCUCCUCGCCCGCGCGUCCCCUGGCCGCCGGGCGCCGGUGAGGGCCGCGAGCGCGCGCGGUGGUGGGGGGAAGAUGGGGGCCGUGCUGAGGAGCCUCCUGGCCUGCAGCUUCUGCGUGCUGCUGAGAGCGGCCCCUUUGUUGCUUUAUGCAAACAGACGGGACUUGAGAUUGGUUGAUGCUACAAAUGGCAAAGAGAAUGCAACGAUUGUAGUUGGAGGCUUGGAGGAUGCAGCUGCGGUGGACUUUGUGUUUGGUCAUGGCUUGAUAUACUGGAGUGAUGUCAGCGAAGAAGCCAUUAAACGAACAGAAUUUAACAAAACUGAAAGUGUACAGAAUGUUGUUGUUUCUGGAUUAUUGUCCCCGGAUGGGCUGGCAUGUGAUUGGCUUGGAGAAAAAUUGUACUGGACAGAUUCUGAAACUAAUCGUAUUGAAGUUUCUAAUUUAGAUGGAUCUUUACGAAAAGUUUUAUUUUGGCAAGAGUUGGAUCAACCCAGAGCUAUUGCCUUAGAUCCAUCAAGUGGGUUCAUGUACUGGACAGACUGGGGAGAAGUGCCAAAGAUAGAACGUGCUGGGAUGGAUGGCUCAAGUCGCUUCGUUAUAAUAAACACAGAGAUUUACUGGCCAAACGGACUGACUCUGGACUAUCAGGAGCGGAAGCUUUACUGGGCCGAUGCAAAACUUAAUUUCAUCCAUAAAUCAAACCUGGAUGGAACAAACCGGCAGGCAGUGGUUAAAGGUUCCCUUCCACAUCCUUUUGCCUUGACGUUAUUUGAGGACACAUUGUACUGGACUGACUGGAAUACACACUCUAUUUUGGCUUGCAACAAAUAUACUGGCGAGGGUCUGCGUGAAAUUCAUUCUAACAUCUUCUCUCCCAUGGAUAUACAUGCUUUCAGCCAACAGAGGCAGCCAAAUGCUACAAAUCCAUGUGGAAUUGAUAAUGGUGGUUGUUCCCAUUUGUGUUUGAUGUCUCCAGUCAAGCCUUUUUAUCAGUGUGCUUGCCCAACUGGGGUCAAGCUGCUGGAGAAUGGAAAGACCUGCAAAGAUGGUGCCACUGAACUAUUGCUGUUAGCCCGACGGACAGACUUGAGGCGAAUUUCUUUGGAUACACCCGAUUUUACUGACAUUGUUCUGCAGUUAGAAGAUAUCCGGCAUGCCAUUGCCAUAGACUAUGACCCUGUAGAAGGCUACAUAUACUGGACGGAUGACGAAGUGAGGGCUAUCCGUCGCUCCUUCAUAGAUGGAUCUGGCAGUCAGUUUGUGGUCACGGCCCAGAUUGCUCAUCCUGAUGGUAUUGCUGUUGACUGGGUUGCAAGGAACCUGUACUGGACAGACACUGGCACGGAUCGUAUAGAAGUGACAAGGCUCAAUGGGACCAUGAGGAAGAUCUUGAUUUCAGAGGACUUAGAGGAGCCCCGGGCUAUCGUGUUAGAUCCCAUGGUUGGGUACAUGUAUUGGACAGACUGGGGAGAAAUCCCAAAAAUAGAGCGAGCUGCUCUGGACGGAUCUGACCGAGUAGUUCUUGUCAACACUUCCCUUGGUUGGCCAAACGGCUUAGCCCUGGAUUAUGAUGAAGGCACAAUAUACUGGGGAGAUGCCAAAACAGACAAAAUUGAGGUUAUGAAUACCGAUGGCACCGGGAGGCGAGUGCUGGUGGAAGACAAGAUCCCUCACAUAUUUGGGUUUACCUUGCUGGGUGACUAUGUUUACUGGACUGACUGGCAGAGGCGGAGCAUCGAGAGAGUACACAAACGGAGCGCAGAGAGGGAGGUCAUCAUAGAUCAGCUGCCAGACCUCAUGGGACUGAAGGCCACAAGUGUUCACAGAAUCAUUGGUUCUAACCCCUGUGCUGAGGACAAUGGAGGAUGUAGCCAUCUUUGCCUGUACAGGCCUCAGGGGCUUCGAUGCGCCUGUCCCAUUGGCUUUGAGCUCAUCAGUGACAUGAAGACAUGCAUUGUCCCCGAGGCUUUCCUUCUGUUCUCGAGGAGAGCGGAUAUCAGACGCAUAUCUUUGGAAACAAACAACAACAAUGUGGCCAUUCCUCUCACUGGUGUCAAAGAAGCCUCUGCUUUGGAUUUUGAUGUCACAGACAACAGGAUUUACUGGACUGAUAUAUCACUGAAGACUAUUAGCAGAGCCUUUAUGAAUGGCAGUGCACUGGAACAUGUGGUAGAGUUUGGCUUAGAUUAUCCAGAAGGCAUGGCAGUGGACUGGCUUGGGAAGAACUUAUACUGGGCAGACACAGGAACAAAUCGCAUUGAGGUAUCGAAGUUGGACGGACAGCACCGACAGGUUUUGGUAUGGAAAGACCUUGACAGUCCUCGAGCUCUGGCACUGGAUCCUGCUGAAGGGUUUAUGUAUUGGACUGAGUGGGGAGGCAAGCCUAAGAUUGACAGGGCUGCUAUGGAUGGAAGUGAACGCACUACAUUAGUUCCAAAUGUAGGCCGAGCAAAUGGUCUCACCAUCGACUAUGCUAAAAGGCGGCUUUACUGGACAGACCUGGACACUAACCUAAUAGAAUCCUCAGAUAUGCUCGGACUCAACCGUGAAGUUAUAGCAGAUGACUUGCCUCAUCCUUUUGGCUUAACUCAGUACCAAGAUUACAUCUACUGGACAGACUGGAGCCGACGCAGCAUUGAACGUGCCAACAAAACCAGUGGCCAAAACCGCACCAUCAUCCAGGGCCAUUUGGACUAUGUGAUGGACAUCCUGGUCUUCCACUCUUCCCGGCAGGCAGGGUGGAAUGAGUGUGCCUCCAGCAACGGGCACUGCUCCCACCUCUGCUUGGCUGUGCCCGUCGGAGGUUUUGUGUGUGGAUGCCCUGCCCACUACUCCCUGAAUGCUGACAACAGGACCUGCAGUGCUCCCACCACCUUCCUGCUCUUCAGUCAGAAGAGCGCCAUCAACCGCAUGGUGAUUGAUGAACAACAGAGCCCUGACAUCAUCCUUCCUAUCCACAGCCUUCGGAACGUCCGGGCCAUUGACUAUGACCCUUUGGACAAGCAGCUCUACUGGAUUGACUCUCGACAAAACUCCAUACGAAAGGCACAUGAAGAUGGUGGCCAGGGUUUUAAUGUAGUUGCAAACUCAGUCGCAAAUCAGAACCUUGAAAUACAGCCCUAUGAUCUCAGCAUUGAUAUUUAUAGCCGUUACAUCUACUGGACCUGUGAAGCUACCAAUGUCAUUGAUGUGACGAGAUUAGAUGGACGAUCAGUUGGAGUGGUUCUAAAAGGCGAGCAAGACAGACCUCGAGCCAUUGUGGUAAACCCCGAGAAAGGGUAUAUGUAUUUUACCAAUCUUCAGGAAAGAUCUCCUAAAAUUGAACGGGCUGCAUUGGAUGGUACAGAACGAGAGGUCCUCUUUUUCAGUGGCUUAAGUAAACCAAUUGCUUUGGCUCUUGAUAGCAAGCUGGGCAAGCUCUUCUGGGCUGACUCAGAUCUCCGGCGAAUUGAAAGCAGUGAUCUCUCAGGUGCCAACAGGAUCGUGCUAGAAGACUCUAAUAUAUUACAGCCUGUGGGCCUGACCGUGUUUGAAAACUGGCUCUAUUGGAUUGAUAAACAGCAGCAGAUGAUUGAAAAAAUUGACAUGACUGGUCGAGAAGGAAGAACCAAGGUCCAGGCUCGAAUUGCUCAGCUGAGUGACAUCCAUGCAGUAAAGGAGCUGAACCUUCAGGAGUACAGACAGCACCCUUGUGCCCAGGAUAAUGGUGGCUGUUCACAUAUCUGCCUUGUAAAAGGAGAUGGUACGACAAGAUGCUCCUGCCCCAUGCACUUAGUUCUGCUUCAGGAUGAGCUGUCCUGUGGAGAGCCUCCAACGUGUUCUCCUCAGCAGUUUACCUGCUUCACUGGGGACAUUGACUGCAUCCCUGUGGCUUGGCGGUGUGAUGGGUUCACUGAGUGCGAAGACCACAGCGAUGAACUCAAUUGUCCCGUGUGCUCAGAGUCUCAGUUCCAGUGUGCCAGCGGGCAGUGCAUUGAUGGUGCCCUUCGAUGCAAUGGCGAUGCGAACUGCCAGGACAAAUCAGAUGAGAAGAACUGUGAAGUGCUUUGUUUAAUUGAUCAGUUCCGCUGUGCCAAUGGUCAGUGCGUUGGAAAGCACAAGAAAUGUGACCACAGUGUGGACUGCAGUGACAGAUCUGACGAGCUGGACUGUUAUCCAACUGAGGAGCCAGCACCACAAGCCACCAACACAGUUGGUUCUGUUAUUGGAGUAAUUGUCACCAUUUUUGUGUCUGGAACCAUAUACUUUAUCUGCCAGAGGAUGCUGUGUCCUCGUAUGAAGGGAGACGGGGAGACCAUGACUAACGACUAUGUGGUUCACAGCCCGGCGUCUGUGCCCCUUGGUUAUGUUCCUCACCCAAGCUCUCUCUCUGGAUCUCUUCCAGGAAUGUCUCGAGGCAAAUCAAUGAUCAGUUCCCUCAGUAUCAUGGGGGGAAGCAGUGGGCCCCCCUAUGAUCGAGCGCACGUCACGGGAGCCUCCUCAAGCAGUUCUUCCAGUACCAAAGGCACUUACUUCCCUGCAAUUUUGAACCCACCACCAUCGCCUGCCACAGAAAGAUCCCAUUAUACCAUGGAAUUUGGUUAUUCUUCCAACAGUCCUUCCACACAUAGGUCCUACAGCUAUAGGCCGUACAGCUACCGGCACUUUGCACCGCCCACCACACCCUGCAGCACUGAUGUCUGUGACAGUGACUAUGCUCCUAGCCGGAGGAUGACCUCGGUGGCAACAGCCAAGGGCUACACCAGUGACGUGAACUAUGACUCAGAACCUGUGCCCCCACCGCCCACACCCCGAAGCCAGUACUUGUCAGCGGAGGAGAACUAUGAAAGCUGCCCCCCUUCCCCAUACACGGAGAGGAGUUACUCCCACCACCUCUACCCGCCACCACCCUCCCCCUGCACGGACUCCUCCUGAGGAGGGCCCCUCCUCCUCUGACUGCCUCCACCGGGACAUGUAAAUACACAUCUGGUUGAGAUCUGGAGGGGGGGAGGGAGCUAUAGAGAAGAGUGAGGCAGACUCUGUACAGUUAACAUUAUAAAGUGGGUGGGUGCUGGAGAUAUUUGUACAGAAGAAAAGAAUAUUUAUAUAUUUUCUUAAAACAGCAGUUUUGCUGCUUGUGCCAUAAAAGUUUGUAUAAAAAAUAAAUUUGUACUAAAAGUUUUAUUUUUGCAAACUAAAUACACAGAGCAUGCCUUAAGCCCAGUGAAGAGACUGAGUACAAAGGAAACAGGAAAAGAAAGGCAUCACUGACCAGGAGUGUCUGGGUUUUAACGAUACCAAAAAAUAAAAAGGAGAAAGUAAUUCCAUCUUAGAGUAGCAAACUUGGAAGUAGCCAAAUUGCCUUUGGGUUAACUAACAUUUGAGGGCCGACAAGUCGAGAACCCAUGAAAGAAGAAAUAACAGUACUAACUUUGGACACAGGGCUUUGUUUUCUCCAGGAAUCCAGCAAUUUUCACGAGGAAAAUAGAUAGUUGUGAGAUCCGUUUUGAGUGCUGCUGUUGUAGGAGCUGAAGCGUCUCUCGCGGGAGCUGCUGAGAGCUCUCGCCUGUCACAGUCCAUGGUAACACCAGCUGUUCUCACGGUCUGCCUCCCAACACCUUGGAGACUGUUUUGCCAAGAGCCAUGAUUUAUUUAAGCUUUUUAAUCUGAGGAGUUGAUUAAAUGGAAUUUACUAAACACGAAAUUGAAUUGAUUUCAGUAUACCUACUCUGUUCGUUCAGCAAUUGGCUGAGUUUUUAAGUUGUUGGCUGUUUUUGCAUAAUCAAAAGUUAGCCAUAUUAUUGGUCUUCCACAAUUGUUUUAAUGCUCAUUAAAGUGUCUUUUUAGAACAUAUAAGAAUGCUUAAAAAUCACAAAUCUAACUGUUAUAUUCUUGUAAAUUAGCUUUGUAUCCUUGCAGCAUACAAUAUCACAGUGUGAAAUCAUUUUAUGUAUUUUGUUAGUAAAACAUUUCAAUGUGCUCUCGUUAGAAACAGUCUGUUUAAACAGAAAUUCUUAUUGUUAGUAGGCGUCCCCUAGAUGAACUGUUUGUGACAUUUUCACUUUCUGUGGACCAGCUUUUCUCAGAGUGAUGUUUGCAGGCAUAGCUCUGCCGAUGUGCUGUGAGGUAGCUUCUCGGUAUGCGCUGUGAAUGAGUGUGUUCACACGGCCCACAGUCUGUCCUUAGUCUCCUCCUGUGUCUCUCUGUGUGCUCUCUCCUACCCCAUUAUGGAUUAAGAUAAUUUCACAGAUUUAACAGUGGGAUUAAAUGAGAAGACACCGUGAACUUCUCAGCUGCAGAAAUUUGAGCAGUGGAGACAAUGGAAGUCUCCUGUCACAUGCCUGACCUACUGUCACAUACCGGGCCGCUAUGUCUGUCACUGUUGGGGCUGGCUGUGGGAUGACCCUGCUGGGGACUAGUUUCCUGCUUUCACAUGUGCCUAGCACUCCUCUCCUAAAGCUGAACUUUUUUUAAGCUAGUAUGAUUUUUACCUUAACAGGUGUCGAUUAAUUAUUGAAUACAUUUUAAAAAUUAUAUAUUGAAUUGUAGCUAUGAAUUUCAGAGCCUAAGGGGAAACAAUGAAAGAAUUGAUUUCAGAAUUUGGCAGAGUUUGAGCGACUUUAAAAAAACAAAACAAAACGCCUAAGAACGUUUUUAAAGAGAAAAAACUCCUUUCUGACUAAUGCGUAGUUGUUGUGGACAGCUUAGUGAGAAUCAGGGGCCUUGCAUCUAAGUAAAGGGCAAUCUACCUGUGUCCUGCAUUUCAGUCAGAUAAGCAUUAACUCUUCCUGUUACUGAGACGAAGUGCACAGAGCCUUAAGACAGACUGGACACUGAACUUGCCUCCUGUGACGCACAGGCUACUCAACACUUACGUGAAGAUGGGAGGGUAGCAAUACUGGGUAUCGGUCAGAAUUGGAGAAUUCUUUAUGUUUACAUUUUCAAUGUGCGUCUUUAUCUGGUGGGCUUCCCAUGUAGGAGAGACUUGCACUGUCGUGUGCCGGGAACGGUGUGGCUUGUUUCAUCUCAGUCCAAGUGCUUGUGCUGAGUGGCAGUGGCCUCUUGCAAAAUACUAACUUGUGUGCCAGUUUGUUGAAAUGAUUUGAAGGCGGUUCAGGUCAGUCUCAGUAGCCUCUUUCUGGGGCCGCUCAGCCGCAGUGAAGAUUGCUCAGGGUACGUCUUAGUGAGGGUCGUUAAAUCAAAAGUUAGGAAGAUGAUGAUACUCAAGUUACAUGGACAGUUACGUUUAAAUAAACUGUGUCUCAAUUAUUGAACAUAAGAGAAAAUGAGGGAAAAGACAGUUUUAAAUUAGGCUGCAUCUAGAUUCAUUACUCAAGAGGAAACAUGAAUAAAUUUGAUUAGAUUUCAUAGUUACAAGGGUAUUUACUUUGAACGCAUAUCUUAAAGUGUGCCUGCUCACUGAUCGGAGAGGGUAUGAGGUGAGCUUUUGUCUAGCUUGCUUUUGUACACUGCAGUAAGCUUUUCUGCCGUGCAGUCUUCUAGAACUAAGACUCAGACUUGACUCAUUUGGAGCCCAAGUCUUCUAACCAAGGCCCAAGAGUUCUUGCUUAGGUCAGAUAAAUGGCACAGGAAGAUAAGGUUUAAUUUAGAGUCGGUGGGUAGAAUGUUAUUAGUAUUUUCCUUCUGUUUUAAAAUUUUACAAUCUUUUUCGCAAUGAAUACUAACUUGUAAAAAAAUGGCCAUCUAUUUUAGGUAACAGUUUUUGGGGGACAACAUGUUUUUGUCUUGUCAAAAAGGCCCGUCAGUGAAAACAGUUGAGUUCAUAGCUGUGUUAGUUACCUCACCAGUUAAUUGAGAUUUGUCUAGUGACCAAGAAGGCUUUCUGCAGGGAAGUCGGCUUCCCUGCAAGGCACAGAAACAAAAGUCUUGUUCAGUUCCAAUAGUUCUGCUUUCAGUGACUACAGUGCUUAGUGUAGCCCUUAUAACUUUAUAGAAACAAUUACCAACUGAUUUCUUACUCAAAAUUAGACUAUAGAUAGGAGUUUGGGUAUCAGUUGGUUGGCAGUAUUUAAGAAUUCACAAAUGAGAGCCGUGCAUGAGUGUGGGUACAGACUGAGUCCUAAACAAGUUUGCCAUUAAGCAUUAGUUAAAAUGUCAGAAUCCCUGUUUAAUCUCCUGGGGUUUCCUCACCCCAGGCCUAAAACAGGCUGUGAGAAGAGACGUGCUUUGAGGACCCGGAAGGCACUGCUUUGUAAGAAUGUCAAGAUUAGGCUUUUGAAACCUUAGAUUUUCAAGUCAAGGACUUUGGGCCUCAAAUACAAAACGACACAUUUGUGACCUAAAUACUGUGCCUCACAGAUCCAUACAGCCCGUGGCUUUCUCCGACUGAACAGCUCACUGAACUCAGCUUACACCUGAGUAAGGGCGGUGGGGAGGUGGCAGAUGCGCGGGUUUACCUUGAUGACCUAAGAGUCACCUCCUUCAGGGAAGGAAACUGUCAUUUUAAACAUUGUUUAACAUUUUCACAAGGCGUUUAGAAAGCACUCCUGAUUUUAUUCCUAGGGAAUUUUUAGGAUUACAAAUUGAUGUCUUGUACUCAGAAUAUGGCCCGACACACUCAUCAUUGGGUUUUUCCCUUCUUCCCUUAGAGUGCUAGACAGCUUGCUUCUGCUUCACUGUCCACUUGGGGCUUGCUUUGGUUUUUGUUUGUUUGUUUUGUUUUUUGUUUUUGUUUUUUUGUUUUUUUGUUUUUCCAUCAAAUACGAGAAAGUUGAGGGAGUGGUAUAGCUACAUAUAUCCAUGUGGCUGUGUAUCUGUAUCGAUGCCUAAAUAUGAGUAUUCAGAGGAAAGGAAGGCAAGGGACUGCUCCCAUCAGUCCGGUGAGAGGAGGCUGGAGAGAGGAUACAGGAGGCUGAACCUGACCGGCCUUGUUGCAAGUGAAGGAUCUGGUGCUGCUUUUGCUGUUUGUCCUUUUUGAGUCUGAACGUUUUCUUAAGCUUUAAUCUUUAUCAUUGUCUUAAAGUCAGCUGGUGUUUCUUGUACAUCGACUUUGGAAUGAUGGUGCUUUGCAAGGAUGUAUUUAUAUUAUAAUGGCCAACAUUUGGUCAGCCCUUGUCCGCUUAUUCACUUCCCCCCUUUUGUAAAAUAAGUGCUUUAAUUAUAAACUGUAUAAAUACCUUGUAUAACCCCCCCCCCUUUUGAUUAUUACAAACAGCUGAAUUGUAACAAAUGAAAUGUUGAUUUUUAUAAUAAAACAGUGGAAAAAUCAGUGGAAAAAAUGAAAA